AUGCGUGGGAUAAGAAUACUUAACCCCAUCCCCAGUGACUGUAGAGUGGCCGUUCCAGCUGUUCCAGGCUCUGGCAGAGGAGGAGCAGAGCGGGUGGCACCGCCAGGGGGGCCCUCAGGCCUGGCGCGCACGCAUUCCGGAGGUCGCCAGGGCCAUGCUCCGUCGCCUGGGCGCCCAAGCUGCAGACCCAAAUUUUUGGGUGGAUUGUGGUUUUGGGGUGGAUCGCGGAUUUGCGGCUGCAGCUUGGGCGCUGCCCGGCAACUCCCCAGCCCGCUCACACUGCCAGCAUCGCAGAACCGGGGCCAGAAGUCCCGGUGGCUACGGCCAAGCCAGGCGUUCUGCCGGGCGGCGGCUGCACAGGGGCAAGAACUGAGAACCUGCCGCUCAACCCCAUCCAGGGUGACUGCGGAGUGCCCAUGCCAGCGGCUCCUGUCUCCCUGCAGCGGAGGAGCGGGGCGGGAGGCACGGCCUAGGGGCCCUCAGGCUGCGCGCUGGCGAUCCCGAGGCCGCCCAGGCUAUGCCCCUCCAGCCCGCCUAGGCACCCAAGCUGCAGUCGCCCUCUGUGUGCAGGCAGCAGCCUCCGGGAAACCUCUAAGCCCGCCUGCUCUCCGAACAUCUAAGAACCAGGACCAGAUGUCCCCGUGGCUGCUGCCAAGCCAGGCGGUCCGCCCGAUGGCGGCUGCACAGGGGCGAGAACCUGCCGCUCAAUCCCAUCCCCGGUGGCUGCGGACUGCCUCUGGCCAGCGGUCCCGAGCUCCGGCAGAGGAGGAGGGCGGGUGGCACGACCCGGGAUUUGAGGGUAGAUUGCGGUUUUUGGGUGGAUCGCGGAUUUGGUGGUGGAUCACAGAUUUAGGGCUGGGAGGCGGGAUGGAAAGGCUACCUGGAGCCGCGGCGGCUCAGGAGCGGGUUGUUGGGCGUCUGAGAAGUCGCCACCAUGAGGAAGCUCUUCAGCUUCUGGAGACGCCUGGGCCAGGCGGUCCUGCUCCAUCGACCACGAGUACCCGGGUCCCGGGUACCACAUCUGGGACGCGGAACUGCGGAAGAUCCACAGGGCGGCAGUCAGGGGCGACACCGCAGAGGUGGAUCGCCGCCUGACGCGCAGAAGCCGGGACGUGGACGCCCGCGACAGGAAGGACAGGCAGCGGGGCCUCAGCUCCAGAACACGACUUAAAAGUGGCUUCAGAGGAAAAGCAAGAAAGGCUUGAAAGAAGUGAAAAUAAACAGCCACAGAGAUUGUGAUCUCACUCUGUCAACCAGGUGUUGGAGUGCAGUGGGACAAUCAUGGCUUACUGUACCCUGGAACUAUGGAGCUCAAGUGAUCCUCUUGCCUCAGCCUCUUGAGUAGCUGGGACUACAGGUGCAUGCCACCCCAACCGGC